AUGGUAAGCACGAGCCGUAGCCGAUCUCAAGACAAUGGAGAAGAUACGACGAUUCAUAACUGCGACUCGCGCGAUUCUGGCGCGCACGCAAAUCACUUGAGGCCCUGUAAAUCGAAAGUGUCCCACGAGCAAUAUUCCAGUGGAUCUAGCAGCCACGACCAAAUGGGACAGAGCUCGAAGACCAGGCUCUUAAACCCCUACGGACUCACAGCGUCGACUAUUCCACCCUUUGCGCUAAGUGAGCAAGCCAAAACCCAAGAGCCACAGAGUGUACAAAGCCGAAACGGCACUGGCCGUGUUGAGAAGACGAGGGAGGUGGAGCAGCAAUUGGUACGCACGUACAAGGAUCCUUUUCUGGUGUCUCACAAUGAGAAUUGGGACCGGUUCGUCGAGAAUGUCGGUUCUAACGUUGCUUAUCUGCACAAGGCAGCACAGGAACCAGAGUCGAGUAUUAGCGUCGACGAAGGGGUAGACCACCCUUUCAAGGAGGUAUUGAAAGAGGAGAGCUCGUCGUCUAGUGACGAACUGAAGAACGAAAAAGAGGCAUCAGGGCCAGCAGUACCUCCUGCAGGACCAGCAUUCACGGCCACUGCAAACACUUCCGCGUCUCACAAUAUCUUUGCCGAUCUUAGCGAUUCUUGGGGCGGCAGUGAGAGACUGAAUGCCAUUUUCAACGGGCCCAUGCUUGAUAGCCGCCAGUUCACUAAUGAUCAGGAUCGCCAGGAUUGGGCUAACCAUUUGGAAUCAAUCAAGGCCUUUUUCUACAGCGAGGGAGCAAAUGAUAGAGAUCUUGAGGCUGGUUUGCAAGGUGACGGAGCUAACGAUACAGGACGCGACGCUGAUAAUAACAGGCUACAAGCAUUUUUAGAAAAACAAAGAUCUGAGUUCAAAGAGAAACGGAAGCAUUGGAGACGUUUGGAGCGCCAGAAGAAACAGAAGUGGCUACCCACCUUGCAGAGGAUUUUGCUUGGUAAUCAAUACCUGCCUCUUGGAUUUAGAACGUUCAUUGUCAUAAUUUGCAUCAUUAGUUUGGGGUUGGCGAUACGAAUCUUUCAAAAUUCCCACUCGCAUGUGGAGGAAUUGGAUUCUUCCGUCCCGCAACAGCCGAGCACGAUUAUGGCCAUCUGCGUAAACACUGUGGCCGUAGUGUACCUGUUCUACAUCUCAUACGACGAGUUUUCGGGCAAACCUCUCGGGCUCCGAAACCCAUUUGGAAAACUGAAGCUAAUUUUGAUGGAUCUGUUAUUCAUUAUAUUCUCGAGUGCCAAUCUGGCGUUAACUUUCAACACGCUUUACGACAAACAGUGGGUCUGCACCGCUGGGCAGUCCAACCAACAAGAUAACUUACCCAAGAUUGACUACAUUUGCAGGAAACAGAGAGCCCUGGCGGCUUUUUUAUUUGUUGUUUUGUUUAUGUGGGUAGUGACUUUUUCAAUAAGUAUCCUUAGGGUGGUGGAGAAAAUGAGCUCGAACAAUUCUAGAUAA